CACCUAAUGCAGUAUAUUCAGGGACUUCAAGCGGUCAUAUCCAAGAACGAAUACUACACCAUUGCAAGUGAUGUCUAUGGUGUUUUACAUGAUGGCGCGAAACCUUAUCCGUAUACACGCGAAUGCAUAGAGAAAUUACACAAUCUCGGGCUUGAAACUAUACUACUUUCAAAUUCUUCACGACUCGGCAACGUUCUUGCCAACGAUCUGCAGCGCAAGUACGGAUUCGACAAAACCAAGUACAAGAGAGUAUUAUCAAGUGGCGAUGUGACGAGACGAUUUUUGCACGACUGUAUAGAUUUAGUACGACAACGUACAAAGUCCACAACAACAGUGACGACGACGACGACGAACAUUGCUGACCACGAGAAAGACACCACCGAUUGUUCAGCAACCAUGCUUGUCGGCAACAAGAACAACACUGAAUCGCGCACUAUAACAGCCCAUGAAUUCGUACAGAAUCACAUCAAAACUGGACGAUUCCAUUUGAUUGGCAAUGCCGAUUAUCAUGCACCACUGUACGAAGCACUUGCACCUGAAAUGAACCCUGUAUCAUUAGACGAUAUGGAAGUCGACUUUGUCCUUGUCGGUUUAAUCAUGAGUUUACCGCACCAACAACUUGUAAACCCAAAUGAUCGUGACAACAUACGGCAACACUAUGAUGCAUACCUACGCCAAUGUCGAGAGAAGGAUAUUCCUUUGGUCAUUGCCAAUCCUGAUGUUCGCGCACCCAACGGGAGUAAUAGUGAUGGAACCCCACGUUUGCUCAUGUGCCCUGGUUAUAUUGGUGAGCUUUACCAAGAAAUGGGUGGCAAGGUACUCUACUUUGGUAAGCCGUUCGCUACGAUCUAUCGAUAUCUUUCAUCGAUUGUUCAACAGCAAGAACAACAACAAGGUGCUGGCGAUGAUGGUCGACGACGACGAGUGCUGUGUGUUGGUGAUAAUAUUUCAACCGAUGUUUUAGGCGCACGUCGAGCUGGUCUUGAUGUAGCCCUGGUUCUAGGUGGUGUGCACAAUAUCUCUACCGCCACUACAGCAUCCAAAGCAACAACAGUGAACAACAAUGAUACUAGCGAUUAUACCGUUAUUGCACGACAGGUCGUCGAACAGCUUUGCUUUGAAUAUGAUAGCCCAGAACCGACCUACAUAAUGGACGAGUUGCGUUUUUAAACUUUAUCUAUUCAGUCAAGUUUUGCAAUCUUUUUGUACGCAUCCCGUUUCUUUGUGUAUUUAUAUCAAUGCUGGCACUGUUGCUGCUUUGGUAUUAUUUAUUCUACUUUAGAUUAUAACUUGUGUGAUCUCAGAUACAGAAACCAUUUAGAAGAAUAAAGUUCCAAUAGAAAGGUUCUAGUCCCCGUAGCAUGAUGUUGAAAGGUCUACGAGCCUUUAUCGCCUACGCACCUUCGGUAUUGAGCCCCUCCGUUUCGUUUCGUGUCAAAAUC